UCCUCCAUCAGGGCACUUGACGCGGGUGUAAAGACUUGCAGGAAGAACUUUGCACGAUGGAAUCCACAUCAUUGCUGGUCUUGCUGUUGCUUCACUUUGGUCUUGGACAAAACUCCCACAAACAUCUCCAUGAGGAUCAUUACAUCGGCCAGCAGCACAACCCUGAACACGACAUGAAUGUUCUGCUGGGAGAUGAGACCACUGAGGAGCUGAAGAAGCUCAGCCCAGCAGAUCAGAAGAGGAAGAUGAUGGAAAUUGUGAAGAAGAUUGAUACGAAUGGUGAUAGUCUUCUCAGUGCAGAGGAGAUCACCCUGUGGAUUCAGCAGGUCUACAGAAGAUACGCUCUGGAUGAUGCAGGGGAGCGGUUCCCCGAGUUUGACGUUGACAAAGACGGUGUUGUAACGUGGGAGGAAUACAACACAGUCGCUCAUGACCAGCUUUUUAGGUUUGAUGACGACGCUGUUCUGGAGGAUCCGGAGCAGGAGUCUCUCAGACAUCUCCACCUGAAGGAGAGGAGGCGCUUUGAUUUCGCUGAUGUGGACGGUACACCUGGCCUGAACGUGACAGAGUUUCUCGCCUUCACACAUCCUUCUGAAGUGGAUCACAUGGCUGACUUUGCCAUUGAAGAUGUACUGAGUGAAUAUGAUACUGAUAAAGAUGGAUUCAUCACGCUAAGUGAAUUUAUUGGAGAUGUUCGUGGGGAAGAGGAUUCUCCGUCACAGUGGGAGAUUGAAGAAACAGUGCGAUUCAAAGAACUCUACGAUCAAGAUAAGGAUGGCAGGCUUGGCCGAGAGGAGCAGCUCCGCUGGGUUGCACCCAAUAGCUACGGUUCAGCAAGAGAGGAAGCUCUUCACCUCAUCAAAGAAAUGGACCACGAUGGAGACGGGAAGAUCUCACAGGCCGAAGUUUUGAAAAAUCAAGAAACAUUCAUGAACAGCGAAGUGACAGACUACGGCAGACAGCUGCAUGUAUCGCACGACGAGUUAUAGCUGUAUGUUCUUUGUUUACUGUUGUCUUGUUUGUUGUAAUGUAGUUUUUUUCCCUUGAGGUAGUUUUGAAAUGAGUCACGGCGCUUGUGUCAGAGAUCUUAUCCGUCAGUGAUCAUUUGCAAUAUUAAAUAACCCACAUUGCAGCAUUAUGUUUGUAAAGGAUCGUCAUCUAAAAGGAGUGUCAGCAAAAUCUGAACAUCAGAGGCCUUACUAAAUAGUACAUGUUGCUAAGCUAAGGCGCUGGUUUGCAUAAUAUUCUGGGGGAAUUCCUGAAGAAACAUGAUGCUGCAAGUACAAUUGUAACAACUUUUUAAGGACAUUUUAACAAAAAACAACUUCACAAAUCACAUGUUGUUGAUGCGAACCAACAGCCCUGUACCUGGAAAUAAAUUGUGGAGUUUGUUUUCAUGA